AUGAUUAGCAUGCGCGCACUUAUUGCACUUCUUGAUAUUGAAGAACUUGAAGCAACAUGUUGUAUGUUGAUGUUGACCGCACUAGUGUUAAAAGAUUCAUGUCGUUCAACGGUCCUGCGUCGGUGUUCAACUUCUGAAAUGAUAAAGCUUCCCGAUGAAGGAGAAUUACAGGAAUGCGCCUCCAUAUUUUUAAAAUUACGAUGCAUGGACCAGAACUGGAAGGGUGCCGGCACUAGAAUGGGUGGGAAUAUGAGGCUAUCUACAAAAAAGGUAGAAUCUUCGAUCAAAAAGGUAGAAGUAGGCGAAAAACAAAAGGUAGAAGCCUACAAAAAUAAGAGCCAAAAAGGCCGAAGAAUUGCCAGAAAAGGUAGAACCUGAAGCCGCGCAGGAGAGAAGGAGGACAAGAAAGGCCAGAAGACAGCUGCAGACGCGAACACACCAUCGACCAGCCAGCAACCAACGAGAGAAAGAGAGAAGCGCAAAGAAGCACGCCAAGCGACCCGAGGGCGCCAUCGGUGACUGGCCGACGACAAUCCCACACGACACAACCAAAACAAAUCCCAGCACCGCCAUGCGGGACCAGACGAGAACCGACGGGGGCGAACGAUGCUGCCGACAGCCCGUGCGCGCAGAGCUCCGGGGUGCCACAGACGCGACACACAGAGCCGCCGCACACCAUCUCCGAGGGACAAGCUUCAACGACGCGACAGCGAGGGCUUUCGAAGCCCGCCGCAAGGGCUGACGCACUUCUAAACGAAAACGGCCCGCAGAGCGAAAAAGAAGCGCCAC